AGCAAAUCACAAAUUAACUAUACAAAUUGUUCAAUACCAAUCUAGAAAACUCAAGAAAAUUGAAGCAAUUCACAAAUUAUCCAUAAAUAACAUGAUUAAUUGAAAGCUUCUUCCUUUCAAUUAAGUUUCUUCGCUCUCCACUCGAUAACAUCAACUUCAUUCUACACAAUUAGAAAGAAAAAAUUAGACAUGUCUCCACAAACAUAAAUAAGAUUAGUUGUUUAAAAUAUUAAAUAUACCAAGAAAAUUAUUAUAUGGGUGUGGGCGGGUACCCAUGGGCCGGGUUUACCUAAACCCUAACCCAACCCAACCUGGUGAAUAGUGAACGGGUUCAAACCCAAAUCCGACCCAAAACCCGUAAACACGAAUUUUACCCGCGUUGACCGGGUUGGGUUGAGUGGGUACCCGUGGGUUCGGGUUUUGUUGCCAUCCCUAAAGGGAGGGGGACACUCUGAACUGGGCAGUCCACCGUCACCUCUUCUACGAAGAUGUACGUUCAUCUCUUUAUACGAUCAUUUCCUUCGCGAUUGGAUCUCAUUGGCAUUACAUUUGCGCCUUUUCGUGGUAUCGUGAAUCGUUUGCUAACUCCGCUGACUUAUUGGUCACAGGCUGACAAUCUUCGGGCGAGGUUUGAGGUGAAUAGAGGAGUGGUACGCCUUCUAAUUCCCCAUCAUAUAGUUUUUUUUUUUUUGUUCUUUCAGUCUUUAGGGUUCUUGCGAUCUCCAUUUGCCAGUGAACGUGAUGGCCGUGCUUAUGAAAUGAUAAGCUGUAUACAGAUUCUUCUUUUCAGAGAAUUUUUCUUAAUUCUAUCGCUUUGUACUUGGGGAGUGUUUUAUCAGCGCUCCUAGCGAAUUAGGUGUUCUGGUUUGAUGCAUUCUCCUGAAAAUCAGAACACAGAGCUACAUUUGGAUCAUGAAGAUCCUGACACAAUUGAUAGGCUCAUUGCUGAUGGUGAGGCACAAUACAAUAAGUGGCGGCAUCCUGAUCCUUACAUAGUUCCAUGGGCUCCUGGUGGUUCUAAGUUCACUCGAAACCCAACUCCGCCUGAAGGGGUAAGUCCUUUUGUCACAUAACUUUUUUUCUGAUGUUUUAUAAUGUCAUUAAACGUCUCUUCCCUGAUGGCAAACUAUUGCCAGAAGUGGAGUCAGGAUUUCUUGCAUACGCUGAUUGAAUUUUGGUACUCUUGAGGUCUGCAAUUGUCUAUUGAGUCGUGAUGAAGGGAAAAAUGGUCAUAGACAAAUACAUAGACUUCAGGUUGGGUAAAAAAUUUCCAUAAGAAGAAUUUGUUAGAUAAGAUUUUAUCUUUUUUCGUCGGAUGAGAACAGUUAUUUCACCUUUAUGCAUUGUACCGGAGAGCUUAAAGGUUCAUGAAUGGGAUAUGCACUUCAUGGAUUGUUUGUAGCUUGAAUUUGCUGAUGUCAACUCUAUGUGAAAGAUGCAAUUUGAACUCUGGGAUCCCAACUUGGGUAGUCUAUCUUAAUACCUCGUUGGUAAUUGGUUAGAUGGUCUGAAGAGACUUGAAGUCUCUUUUUGCUUGCUUUUGGUCUAAAUUGUUUCCUGAUUCAGUACAUGCUUGUUAGUGGCUGGCUCUACUGUUUUAGAUCUUCUUUCUCUUGCAACUUGAUUGCUGAACAGGAUAGGGGGAAGGAAAGAUGCUGGCAAGUCUGUCAUUAUCAAUUGUGCAGUAUGCUUUAACUGUAAUGCAUGGCUUAGGCUGCAAGGUUGUAGCUUUGAUUACCUUAUAACCAGCCUGAUCCUUUCCCCAUACGAUAUUUUGGUUUCUUCUGCAGAUUGAGAUCGUCUACAAUUAUGGCCGAGAAGAUAAUGACUGAAACCUGCCUCUUUUCCAGUGCAAUAAUAAAGGUUAGUUCCACUGACGUUUGCUAAGUGCAGCUCCUAUUGUAUUUCUUGAUUAAGGUUAAUGCUCAUUUCCCCACGAAGUCAUUCUUGUUAGAAACUGUUGCUGUCAUUCCUUUGGGAUUAUGCUGUAAAACCUCCCUUUUUAUUAUAAGUAGAAGAUGUUCGCAUCUGUCUUACAGAUUUGUUAUCGAAUAUGCAGAUAGGGUUGAUCCAUGAACACUGGGGAAGACUAAGACUGUCUCCAAGUUGAAUGAUUCAUCUGAGGGUCACGCAGCUGUGUCUUUGUGCUUUUUGUUUCCUGAUAAGAUGUUGUUUGGGGAACAUGGGCAGAAUAUUUGAAUGAAAUGAUCAAGCCUUAAUGCCAAAGGACUUGUGACAGAUUUAAUUUUAUGCUUAUUCCAGUCACCAUGACCUGUAGACAAUACCGCGGUCUGGGUGUUUGUUUGAUAUGAAUGUCGGAAGGGCCAUUCAAAUCCUUGUUCAAUCUUACGCUGCAGCCACCGUAAUUUCUUCGUCGGAGGUGGCAGCGUCGGCCUGCGACCAACUUAGUGACUUGUACUCUGUGUCUGUGGCUUAGGCGUCGAAUAAUAGGGGUGUAAGUUUGACCCUUAAAACCCAUCGUCCUGCCCCGAUCCUGAGGGUCGGGCUGAGUUAGUUUGUCUACAGGGACACCUUAGGGUCAGGGUCAGGUAGGGUCGGGUCACUUUUUGACCCUAUGACCCUUAGCAUCAUACAAACACGUUGAACCUACUUGUAAAGUUUUAAAAGUUUAGGUACUAAAUUGUAACAAAAAUUGAUUUUGGGU